UAUCCCUAACGCAUUUCUGUGUGUGUGUGUGUGUUUCAGGUGAAUGUGUGGAGGGUCUGUCGGAGGAGGAUGUGGUGCUGUUACACUCCUGUCGUCAGUGGACCACAGUGACGGCCCACAGCUUAGAGGAGGGACACUACGUCAUUGGACCCAAGAUAGACAUCCCUCUGCAAUACCAGGGCAAGUUUAAGUUGUUGGAUGAAGACCGGGACGUCAGGGACCCGGUCCAGUAUUUUUCCAGUGUGGAGGAAGUUGCUGGCGUCUUCCCCGACCGGGUCUUUGUCAUGGAGACAAUCACCUUUAGUGUCAAGGUGGUCUCAGGGGAGUUCAGCGAGGACAGUGAGCCCUACAGCUUCACUCUGCAGGCUGGAGAUGAGCUGUCACUCAUGGGGAAAGCAGAGCUCCUCUGUGCCACACCCUCAAAGGAAAAGACGGGACUGAGCGCGCUGUUGAGACGCCUGGGAAAGACCCCUAGAAGUAAAACUCCCUGCCUGGUCUGUAUGAAUCAUCGCACCAAUCAGAGCGUCAGCCUGCCCUUUGGCUGCCGUGGACGCUUUUGCACACGCUCCCCUCUGGAGCAGGGCAUGCUGGGAGGAGAGCACACGGUACGCAGCAUAAUAGAGAGGGUUCGCCUCCCCGUCAACGUGUCCGUACCUUCACGACCGCCACGGAACCCCUACGACCGCCAUGCGGUGCGAGAGGGCCACCGCUACAAGCUGCUCAACAUCGUCAGCAAGACAGUGGUGCUCUGCAUGGUGCUUCGCCGACAGGAAGUCUCCCCCUCCCAUUUCCUGCUGCUGCGCUGCAUGCCCAGGUUUAAUGUGGCCGAGGCCUCUGUUCACACAGCGGCACUGGAGAGUCUUCUACUGCGACACGCGUUCGACCCAGACGCCUACUCUCGUGCGGUUAGAGAAACUCGGCCAGAGCUGGAGUGUAUGACGGAGGAGUGCGUGAGCCCGCGCCGCUCACGCAUGUGUGUGUCGGGUCAGGACUCGAUGGCCCCGGCACUGCAGCGCCUCUCAAUGUGCGGGUAUGGGGGUGGGGUUUCGGACAGCCUAUCACAGCGCUGCAGGGACUCUUUUGGAGAGAGACUGGGAGAGGGGCCAGGUGAGGAGAGGGAGUAUGUGACCCCUGAGUGGACUGAAGCUGAAAUGAGGACCAGUGAGGAAAUCCCUUACGAGGAACUCUGGACCAAUCAGAGCACAGAGGGCCUGGGGAAGGAGCCAACCCUCAUCUCCUUCCAUUCGUCUUCGUCAUUGGACGGCUCUCUUGGUACCGUGGUGACCAGAGUGUCUACACCGCCGCCUGUACCUCCAAAAUCUGAUGCUGUGAGAGAGGAGUGCCGCUACUUGAUCGCCCCUCCGGUCCCCCCUCGCUGCUCUAAAGGGGGCUCCAUCUCCAGCCCGGUCCCCAGCCCGCCCGUCCCACCUCGAUUCCCCAAAAACUCCACCUCCCCGAGACCCAACCUUUCUUUCUACUCCUCUGGACUCCACGGCAGCUGCUCUCCCUCUCCAGACGCCUCCUUAUACUGUUACCCGUGCUCCUGGGCCGACUGUCCCGCCCCUAACCCCGCCAGUCCUGAGCCUGUCGCUACCAUCUCUGCAGACAACGCAGCCAAUCCUCAGCCAGCACAGGCCACCUGGGCAGAGCCGUGGGUGGAUUCCUUCACCUCCUCCGGACCCCGCCUAAGGCCGCCACCUCCACAGAGUCGAUUUGCUCCCUUUGGGGCGUUGAACCCCUUCAAUCGCCAGUCCCCUUGCCCCUCGCCCGAGCCUGUUGCCAGUCCCACAGCAGAUGCCUCCAGAGGCGCAGAGGGUGGUGGGACGUCCACCGUGGUCACUGAGGGGCUGUCCCUGACCCCUGACCCCACCUGGCGGCCUCCUGCGGACCUGUCCGCCCUGUCGUUGGAGGAAGUGUCGGCGUGUCUGCGGUUCAUCGGCCUAUCAGAGGCAGCGGUGUCCGUUUUCCAGAGGGAGCGAAUAGACGGCAGCCUCCUGGUGCAGCUGACUGAGGACAUCCUGUCACAUGACUUCCACCUGAGCCGACUCCAUGUCACCAAGAUCACACAGUUCAUACAGGGCUGGAGGCCCAAGAUUUAACACACUGACCUGAUAAUGUGCCUGUUGGCUGCUGAGCCUUCCUGAAUGUGCCUUCCACUGUGACCAGCUGGCUGCUGAGCCCAAUGACUGAAGCGGAGACUCUGCUGAAGAAAACCACGCCACCCUGUGGUCAAACUGAGACACUUGACUGGCUCUCAUGCUUAGAGUCCCUGACAGACUGGACUGAGUAUUUCCUGUCUGAAUCACAGACUGGGACUAUAGUUUACUAACAAAUGGCUA